AUGGCCACCAUGACGGGCGAAUCCGCGCCCAUCGUGCCGGACGCACCAUCCGAGACGUCGCCUCUGCUUGGCCCCGAGAUUGGACGUGUGAGGGCCGGUUCCGAGGAUGCUAGCAGCACUGCAGUGUCAACCCAGUCACCAAACGAUGACGAGCAUGUUCAAGGCAAGCCACGGUCGGCCAACAAGAUGCAAGUGAUCAUAUUGGCCGUAGGCAUUGGUAUCUUUCUCUCUGCCGUUGACCAACUCCUCACCCUGGCAACAUAUGCCAAGAUUGGCUCUGAACUUCAGGCCCUGAACAACACAAGCUGGAUAGCCACGGCGUACUUCAUCACGCUCACCAGCACACAGCCGCUGUAUGGCAGGCUGUCUGACAUCUUUGGCCGCAAAGAGUGCCUCCUCUUCUCUUACACAAUCUUUGGUCUCGGUUGCCUCGGCUGUGGUCUCGCCCAGAAUUUCACGCAACUCUGCGUCGCCCGCGCCAUUGGCGGCAUCGGUGGCGGUGGCAUGAACAGCGUUGUCAGCAUCCUCAUGAGUGACAUUGUGCCCCUUCGAGACCGCGGCCUCUGGCAGGGCUACAUCAACAUCAUCUUCGCCGCUGGCACCUCGACCGGCGCGCCCCUCGGCGGUCUCCUUGCCGAUUCGAUCGGUUGGCGCUGGUCCUUCCUCGGCCAGGUUCCCAUCUGUGCCGCUGCCUUUAUUGCAGUCUACUUCGUCCUCGAUCUCCCCAGGACCGAUCAUUCCCACUGGCGUGCCAAGAUUGCUCGCAUCGACUUUCUCGGCGCUGCCACCCUCGUGUCGGCUGUCGUUGCUCUCCUCGUUGGCCUCGAUGCGGGCUCCAACCAGGGCUGGGGCCACCCCCUGACCCUGACAACCCUCGCCUUGACGCCUGUCCUGUUUGCCGCGUUCAUCGGCGUCGAGAUGCGCAUCGCGUCGCACCCCUUCGCGCCGGGCCACAUCAUCUUCGACCGCUCGCUCUUCGCCUGCUACCUGACCAACUUUUUCGGCGUAGCGGGCCACAUCACCACCAUUUUCAACCUGCCCCUCUUCUUCCAAGUCGUGCAGGGCGCCUCCGCAACCCGCGCCGGCACCCUCCUCGUGCCCCCCAUGAUCGCCUCCGUCAUAGCCUCCCUCGGCGCCGGCUUCAUCAUCCGCCGUACCGGCCGCUACUACGCGCUGACCGUCGUCUCCGUCGGCCUCCUCCUGCUGGCCGUUGUCCCGACCGCCAUCUCGGCCCACGUCGCAUCGACAUCCGGCGUCGUGGCCGGCCUCGUCCUCAUCUCACUCGGCGCCGGCUCGGGCAUCACGACCACCCUCGUCGCCCUCCUCUCCAACGCCGCACCCGAGGACAGCGCCGUCGUCGUCGCCUGCAGCUACCUCUUCCGCUCCCUCGGCAGCAGCAUCGGCGUCAGCGUCAGCGCCGCCGUCCUGCAGCAGGUCCUCCGCGACGAGCUCGCCGCCCGCCUCGGCGCCGGCGCCGACGGCGUCAUCGAGCGCGUCCGCGAGAGCCUCGACUACAUCCACGAGCUGCCGCCGGGGCUCGCCGCCGAGGUCCGCCACAGCUACCGCGUCGCCACCGUCGGCGCCAUGGUGCCCACGGCGGCCUUUCUCGUGCUGGCCUUUGCCGCGGCCUUGUUCAUCAAGGAGAAGACGUUGGAAAAGUGA